CCUCUGCUCUCUCUCCUGAAACUCUUAAACCGAAACAAGCAAGUGUAUAUAUAUAUAUAUAUAUAUAUAUAUGAAACUUUCGUUCUCUCUCUAUAACAAACGAUCCCUUUGGCGACAAGGAAAGUACAGUUCGUGAAGAAUAUUGUUGUACAACUGACAGUCUCUCUUUUCUGUUCCAAAAAAAAAAAAAAAAAGGAACCGUCAAAACCCUUUAUCCUUUGUUCCAAUACCCACUACUCUCUCUCUCUAUCUUUCUCUCUCUCUCUCUAAGCCAUUGUCCAUGUAGAGAGGGGAAAAUUAGCAGUAAGCUAAUUUAUCUAGUCAAAUACUUUAUAUUUAUUCCAUCACCUGGAGGGGUUUUGAUGGAAACGGAAGGAUACCCAGGUGUUGCGGUAAAGAAGCCAUUGCUUACGCCUAAGGCUAUUAUAAACCAGAAGUUUGGUACCAAGGCAUGCUAUAAGGUAGAGGAAGUACAGGAAUCCACUCAAAAUGGAUGCCCGGGGCUAGCCAUCUCACAGAAGGGCCCGUGCCUUUACCGCUGCCGUUUGCAGCUUCCAGAAUUUUCUGUUGUGUCAGAAACCUUUAAAAAGAAGAAGGAGGCAGAGCAAUCUGCUGCAGAGAUGGCUUUAGAAAAGCUAGGCAUCAACCCUACAACUAGUAAUCCUACUGUACAAGAAGCAUGGGAUGAUUUAGUUCUACGUCUAAAAUAUUUAUUCUCGAAUGAGUUUCUUUCAUCUCUUCAUCCAUUGAGUGGUCACUUUAGAGCAGCUUUACGACGAGAGGAUCAGCUGGAUGGUUCAGUUCCAGUUUCUGUUAUUACCAUCUGUGAUACAAAGUCUAAUAAUUUAUGUAAAUACAUAAAUCCUGAGGUUGAAUCAAAUCCAUCGUUGGUUUUGUCACUUGUGCUGAGGGCUGCUGCGACAUUACCCAGUUUCAUUUCUAUUUCUGAAGAACAGCUUUCGAUUAAGAGGCGAGAUCCUUACGAUCCUGAGAUUAUACAGUCUGUAGUAAACCAACAGUGUAGCUUUCCAGAAAGCACUUCGAUUGAAGCCAUAUGUAUUCCAUAUUCAGUUGACAAGACUGUCGUACCCGUAACUCUUAGUGUUUCCUCUAAUGGCUAUUACUUGGAUGUUAUUGCGCACAACCUUAGUGUAACAGAUUCGUCUAAGGUUCUGAUAUCCAGGACUAUUGGCAGAGCUUCUUCUGAGACGAGACUGUACGCUCGUGCUUCCAAAUUGUAUACGCUGGAUCCGUCGUCAGAACUUCUGCAAACAAAAGCUGUUCAGUUUGAGGGAUCUUUAAAUGUGAGGGCAAGUUACUUCUCUGGUCAAGAUAUAUAUGGUGAUGCAAUUUUGGCAUCUGUUGGGUACAAAUGGAACUCUGCUGACCUCUUCCAUGAAGAUGUAUCCUUGCGUACAUAUUACAGGAUAUUUAUUAGUAAGAUACCUAGUGGAGUUUACAAGGUGUCCAGGAAUGCAAUACUUGCAGCAGAGUUGCCUGCAGUGUUCACUAUGCGAACAAAUUGGCGGGGUUCCUUUCCAAGGGAUCUCCUUUUAGCAUUUUGCCGUCAGCACCAUUUAUCUGAACCUCUCUUCUCUCCUACGAAUGAUCCCUUAGAAUCAGUGCCACAGUUACCUAGUUCACACAAGAAGUUGAAGGUUACUGAGUCAGGUAAAUCAGAAUCCAAUGGAGGUGGCAUUGCUGGCAGUGGAUCAGUGGGAACAAGAGGAACAUUUAGAUGUGAAAUAAAAAUAUUUUCCAAGCAUAAGGAUCUAAUUAUACAGUGUUUACCAAAAGAAUUGUAUAAGAAAGAUACUGAUGCCAUCCAGAAUGCUUCUUUGAAAGUUCUCUCAUGGUUGAACACAUACUUUAAUCAACUAGAUAUGUCUUUAGAUAAGCUGACCUCCUCAGGAGAUGUUCUUGGCAUCCAGUUUUAUCCCCAGUACUUUUUAAAGGAGUUUGCUUUGUGCCGACCUGUACAUAAUGUUUGUCAGAGCAUUCGGACUCAAGGAGGCAGAGUAUCACAUUCAAACUCCGUGAAUCAAAUAGAUACGGUGGAAGGUGUGUACCCUACAAACAUUGGAGGUCCAGAUUCUGGAGUCUCUCCAUCCAAUGGAUGUUUAGCUUGUAUUAGUUAUACCAUAUCUUUGGUGACAGAAGGAGAGGUUAUGAAAGAACUUCUUGAAAGUAAUGAAGAGUUUGAGUUUGAGAUAGGGACCGGAGCAGUGAUCACAUGUCUUGAAGGAGUUGUGACACAGAUGUCCGUGGGCCAAUCUGCUUGUUUUUUCAUGGAAUUACCUCCUCAAGAGUUGAUUUUGGCUGCAGCUGGUGAUUCUGCAAGAACCCUUUCAUUAAUUUCUUCAAAAAGCGGCAGCUUGGAGUGCUCUGUGACUUUGUUGCGGGUGACUGAACCCUUGGAAGACAGAAUGGAGCAGGCUCUUUUCAGUCCUCCUCUAUCGAAGCAACGUGUGCAAUAUGCAUUGCAACAUAUAAAAGAAUCUCGUGCUACUUCUUUGGUUGAUUUUGGAUGUGGCUCUGGGAGUUUACUGGAUUCUUUGUUAGAUUAUCCAACUUCUCUGGAGAUAGUUGUUGGUGUUGAUAUUUCUCAGAAGAGUCUUGCCCGUGCAGCAAAGAUAUUACAUUCAAAAUUAAGCACCAAUUCUGAUGUUAUUAAGCCAAGUACAGCAAUCAAAUCUGCAACUCUUUAUGAAGGUUCCAUCACAGUUUUUGAUUCUCGAUUGUAUGGAUUUGAUAUUGGCACUUGCUUAGAGGUGAUUGAACACAUGGAGGAAGAUCAAGCGUGCUUAUUUGGUGAUAUUGUGCUUAGUUCGUUUUGUCCAAAGAUUCUUAUCGUCUCCACCCCAAAUUAUGAGUACAACGUGAUACUCCAGAGAUCUAAUCUUCAAAGCCAAGAGGAUCCAGAUGAGAAAUCCCAAUCACAAGCUUCUAAAUUCCGGAACCAUGACCACAAGUUUGAAUGGACCCGAGAGCAGUUCAACCACUGGGCAUCUGACCUAGCCACGCGGCACAAUUAUAGUGUUGAAUUCAGUGGUGUUGGUGGAGACGGUGACUUGGAACCGGGUUUUGCCUCGCAGAUUGCUGUCUUUAGGAGGGAGGAUGACCAUCCAAAGAAGGUAGAUUUAACCCACCAUUAUGAAGUUCUUUGGGAUUUGAAUAGCACAAGAAUGUCAAGAUCUGCUAUGUGAAAACUUUAUAUAUGGCUAUAGUUAUUAUUAUUAGAUUUGUUCAUUUGAAUGUUGAAAAGGGUUGUGAUGUGAAGCAUAAUACUUAUGUAGAUCUGCUUAGGCACUGAAUGAAUGCUUUUGCGGGCCUUAGCUCUAGUUGGCAAAAGAAAUUGUGUAACCAUUUCCCAUAGCAGCAGAUUUUUUUCAAGGAAAGAGAAGACUACAAAGCUUCUCAUAUGUAACUGUUAGAAGACAACUAACAGCUUUAACCAAAAGUUGGUGUAUCUAGAAAAAUUAUUCAGCUUUU